AUGACAGAACAAGUAUUUCGCCUCAUUCCUGCAACGCAGAACUAUCCAUGGGGGAAGAAAGGUAGCAACUCACUGGCAGCUCAGCUCGCUGACGGCGCAGGUAUACCAGAUUUCAAAAUAGACGAAUCAAAACCCUACGCAGAAAUAUGGAUGGGCACUCACCCCAACGCGCCAACACGAGUCCAUUCCACCAGACAGCUACUCUCGGAGCAUCUCGCAGCCCACCCAAGACUCGUCGGAGAACCCUCCAUUAAGCGGUUCGGCUUGGAAAAUGGACAGAUUCCAUUCCUGUUCAAAGUCUUGUCUUUCGACCAGGCACUCCCCGUGCAAAUCCAUCUUGACAAGCACAAUGCGGAACACAUAAAUUCAGAAAAUCCCAGGGUGUACGUAGACUCGAACCACAAAUCAGGAAUGGCUCUAGCCCUUUCAGAUUUCAGUGCUCUCUGCGGUUUCCUCCCAACAUCCCAAGUAUCUAAGUUCCUCUCCUUCGUCCCAGAGUUCGCCUCCCUCUUCCCAGCCGAUAUCAUAGAGCACUUUACAUCAGUGGCGCGUUCGCCCGACAAAUCAGAAUGCAAAGCAGCUCUCAAAGACCUGUUCUCAUGCUAUGCACAGGUAGAUAAGGAAGAAGCAGACAGGUAUCAAGCCGGAAAAGAAUCCGACGAAGAAAAGAUUGUAAAAUCGCUCGUUUUGCGGUUACAUGAGAUGUACCCUAACGACAGCGGCGUCUUCUGCGCUUUCAUACUCAACUACUUCGAUUUAAAGCCUGGGCACGCCUUCUCCGUCGCCACCGGAGAGCCCCACGCAUACAUCACAGGAGACAUCAUCGAAUGCAUAGCAACGUCCGACAACACCAUCCCCCUCGCUUUCUCCCCCCCAUCCAACCUCGACAUUUCCACCUUCCUCUCAAACGUCGCAUACAACCCAACCUCAGGCAAAACUCUCAUCCAACCCACAAUGUUCACCCGCGGAAGCACGCACACAUCCGGAUCGCUUCUAUACAACCCGCCCAUCGACGAACUAGCAGUGAUGCAAGUCAUUGUGGCGAAAGGAGGUGUCGAGAGCCAUCACAAGCUAAGAGGGCCGAGUAUUGCUAUUGUAGUCGAGGGCGAGGGUACGGUGGUGUGGGCGGAGGGAGCGAAGAGGUUGGGGGUAGGGAAGGGGCAGGUGGUGUUCAUUGCAGCGGGAACAGAGGUGAAGUUUUCGGCGCUUGAGACGGCGUUGAAGCUUUAUAGGGCUUUUGUGGAGGUUGCUUAG